CCGUGCCGUUGGCCCCUUCCCUCUCUGUCACCGCCAGCUUCCACACACCUCGUCGGCACGGAACACCGCCCCUCGAGUCAAGAGUCAACCCACACCCACCGAUCUCCGUCCAUCGACCAUGGGAGCCGGCCAGGACCUGGAGGCCGGCGCCGGCGACGGCGGCGAGAAGAAGAUGGCCCACUCCUCCUCCUCGGGCCCGCUCCCGCCGUCGGAGCCGCCGCACCUGCGGGGCCAGGACCCCGCCCAGUACCAGUAUGGUACCUUCCACCCCCCUGCCCCCCACCCCGACGUCCGCCCCCACCCGCCCGUCGGCUUCCCCCAACCCGCGCCUCCCCCCGGAUUCGCCGCCGGCGGCUACCAGCAGCAGCAGCAGAAGCAGCCCUACGCGCCCGCCGACCCCUACUACGCGCAGGGGUACCAGGCCGCCCCAGGUUAUGGUCCUGUUGUUCAAGGUAGGCCUGUUGAAGGAAGACCCGUGAGAAUGCGGCGCCUUCCAUGCUGUGGGCUCGGCAUGGGCUGGCUUCUGUUCAUUGCCGGGUUCUUCUUGGCUGCCAUUCCGUGGUAUAUUGGUGCUUUCGUCCUAAUCUGUGUCCGGGUACAUGACCACAGAGAGAAACCAGGAUAUGUUGCCUGCACUGUUGCUGCUAUAAUUGCGGCCAUUGUUAUACCCCUUGGAGUAACAAAAGGAACAGACUCAUGGUGAGCCACCACCAGGUCUUGGCAGGCGGUUCUGUUGCUGAAUAUAAACAUCGUUAUUUCAGGCCCAGUUACAUGAUAGGUUAAAAAGUCUGCUGGUUGUAUUUCAUGUAUGAGUGUGUCUUGUAUACAUAUAUGUACAGUAAAAAGAGUGGGGCUGCAUCUUCGAUGUUCUCUUGUAUCGAUACUUGGUACUUAUAGUGUGUAAUAAAAGCUUGAAUGUACAACACA